UACGCAUGCGCCACCUCGGAAGAAGCUCUGUCGAGGUCAAAUUGUAGGAUUUCUUCAGUCUUGGUUAAAAACAAGGCAAGAUGCCUGCAGAUUAUGACAAAGGAGCGUAUCCAGAGCCUCCACGACAGACUCCGGUUGUGGAUAAACAAACAGCAUUGCCAAACCCAGCUCUGAUUCUGACUAAAGUCUUUUAUUACACUGUGGACCUGCCUGUCACCACAUUUAGAGAUGCUAUUGACAGCAUUCGGUCGAAAAACAAGCCGGUUUACUACCACCAGAAGUUCCGCCGUGUUCCCGACCUGACUGAGUGCAAGGAAGAAGAUUACCUCUGCUACUAUGAGGCAGAGAUGCAGUGGAGGAGAGACUAUAAGGUAGACCAGGAGAUCGUGAAGGUGAUCCAGGAGCGUUUGAGGGCCUGCCAGCAGAGAGAAGGAGCCAGCCACAUGCAGAACUGUGCCAAGGAAAUACAGCAGUUCAACGAGGUGACCAAGAACUUUCAGUCCCGCUAUGAGGACUUAGGAGCAUAUGCCAGUGGGAGGAAAUGUCUAAUGAAGCAGAAAGAACGAAUGAUGGCAGCUCAGGCCCAGAAUGCUUAAGUUUUAUUUCAGUCCUAUGUAAUAAUGUAAAAUAAAGUUUAUGUGAUGAAA